AUGGACCCAAAGAUCGCCGCAUUAUCAAACUUCAAUAAAACGGAUUGGGAUGAUCAACUACCCUUUGUGAUCUUCAACUACAACACAACCAUUCAUUCAACAACAAAUCAAGUACCGUUUAAAAUGAUUUUUGGUCGUAAUCCAAUGCUACCGUUCGAUUGCCAAGAUCAGAUCGUUAGUCUUCAUCAAGAUCCAGAUUAUAUACAAAAGCUGAAUGAUUAUUUAUCAUCAUUAACUCGAGAAGUAAGAGAUAACAUCAUUAAUAAUCAAGCGAAAUAUAAAACAAGAUAUGAUUCCAAUCGUCGAAAUCCAUCCUAUGAAAUUGGUGAUCUAGUAUUGGUGAAAAACAUUGGAUCAAGAUAUAAAUUUGACAUUAGAUUCGAAGGACCAUUUCGCAUCAUCCACCAACAAGGUCCAAAGACUUUCGUCGUUGAGCACGUUAAGAAAUUAACAUUACGUCGACAAGUAACAACGGACGUAAUUAUUCCAUUAUAUCAAAGACAGCCCUCCCGUGGACUCGGCAGUUAA